AGAUUUACUCGAAUAGUAUAUUCUUGAUGUUGACAGCAGCAGCAGGAUUACAGCUGGCAGCUGUUGUCGGACGAAUCCGGAGCGUUUUCAUCACUCGUCUCCAGUGUCGGCGUUGGUUCUCCUCAAACCAGAGUCCAAACGAACAACAGCACACAAACAUGUCUGUCUAGAGUCCCGACACCGAUAUUUACCCGUCUAGUAAUGUCGGGUUUAGGAUAAUGGGUUCGUCGGAGGAUGUGACAGCUGUACGUGGGCAUCAUGAGGAUAUUAACGGCGUCCGGGCUGUUUCUGGCCCUCUGCUCCAUCGGACUCUUGAUCAUGGCCAUCAGCACCGACAACUGGUACGAGACUGAUGCUCGGAAACACCGGGACCGCUGCAAGAAAUACGCCAGUAAGAGAAACGACCCGGGAUACAUCUACAUCUCCAAUCAAAACCUCCCGCUCCGGAUGCGACCGAAAGGAGCCGAUGUGAGUCAGCCGGAGCCCAGAGCUCUUCUACAGGAAUCACUCAAGCCAGAGCCCGUCAUGGAGUCGCGCUGCAGCCGCCACUACAAUUCAACCACAACCGGACUGUGGAGGAGAUGCCAUCGAGAAGGCUUCGACCUGGAAAAUGAAGAUCUUAUAUUUAAAGGUUUGCUUCAGCGCUGUACGCCAGUGAAGUAUUACUACUCCUCAGCCAAUGUUCCACGAAAUCUUCCUGUGAACAUCACCAAGACUGUACGACAAGAUGUGUGGCACGCUCUCCAUCUGCAGCGGAUGACAGCAGGUUUUAUUGGUAUGGCUGUUGCCAUCAUUUUGUUUGGCUGGAUCAUCGGUGUGUUGGGCUGCUGGAAACACAAUGAGCUGAUGCAGUAUGUGGCUGGACUGCUCUUCCUCAUGGGAGGUACCUGCUGUAUCAUAUCUCUCUGCACAUGUGUGGCUGGUAUUAAUUUCGAGCUGUCACGGUACCCACGCUAUCUGUACGGCCUGCCAGAGGACAUCAGUCACGGCUACGGCUGGUCCAUGUUUAGCGCGUGGGGCGGUCUGGGUCUGACUCUGCUGGCUGGCUUUCUUUGCACACUUGCGCCCUCUCUCCACAGUCCUCAGAUCACCACCACCACCAUACACAAACCACGGCAGGAGAACGGCAUAGUGUGACACCAUAGCGACACAAACUCUCGCAAGAACGCAUAGAUUUACAAGCACAGACUAAAUCUUACUGACACAGACAAGUGUCUUUACAUGUCAGAGAAAAUGAUAAAUAAAUCGAUACAUACGCAGCAGACAUUGUGCAGAUACACUGCAAGACUUUCCCUAUGACAAACUUUAAUAAGAUGAGGACUGAAAACAGGAAUAAUAAAUAAUGAAGUGAUCCAGAGUGCAUUUGAGCUAAACUGACUGGAGUUGUAGAAAAACAUGCACAACAAGAAAUCAUUUUCUUAAUCAGUAUUUUUUGAUUAUUUUCCAAUAAAAAUAAAUGAACAUCCUUAAAGGGUUAGUUCACCCAAAAAUGAAAAUUCUCUCAUGAUAUCCCAGGUGUGUAUGACUCUUUCU